CGGACUUCAAACCCUCUUCUGCUCAUGUCAGCUCGCAGGGCCCCCUACAUGUGAACCUCUGGCGAGGGUGUGAAACGCGCAAGUAUCUGGAGAGGAAGAGGGAGCUUUGCCGGGAGAAGGCAGACAAUGAUUAAAGGUUUAGAGUCUGUUUUAAAAUAAAGGGACUCUGGAGGUUGGAAAGGAGAGUCGAGCUGAGCCGCCUGAGGGAAAAGAGUGGGCGGGUGGAUAGGCUGGAUCCAGGCGCGAGGCUGAAGAGGGUUUUAUGGGCGGGAGCGAGGAUGUUCUGAGGGGAGGGAGAGGCGGCUGGAAAGGCUGGUCUACGAAAGGGAGGGAGCAUGGGAGCUCUUUAGACUGGGAAGGGUGGCGGUUCGGUGUCUUCCUCAGCAUUCCCCCUCAGGGACAGCGUGCGAGGGAGACAGGGAGAGGCACGCCGAGCUCCGCCCGCCCGCCCAGGGAGGCAACAGCCGCGGCAGCUAGAGUUCCGGGAAGCGGCGGAGGGGCAAGGCUUUGCUCUGCCCGCUCGGUUGCGUGCCGAAGGGACGGACUCCUGCUUACACUCCGUCCUCUCCCACCUCAGAGCCUGGCUCCUUCCUUGAGGCGGGGCGGCCUCCCGCGUCAGCCCCCUUUUGGAGAAGGAGGGAGGGAAGGAAGGAAGGAAGUAGGGAGGAGCGGGGGGGGGAAGAGAGCAAGAACAGGAGCGUAGAAAGGAGCUCUGCCGCGUUGUGAGAGACCGGGGACUGCGGCAGCGGCUCUUCCUCACGGGAACAAAGAGGCGCGAAAGCGAGGACGGUGUGUGUGAGUGAAGGGAGAGGCUCCCUUUUCUCGCUCUAACGACCGCUCUGGAGAUGAGAGAAGAGUGAAGAGGCAUGGAUAUAACUUGAUUUUCUUAAAAUGUUCAGAAAGAAUGUUGAUUUUAUAAAAGAGUUUUGCAUAGUCAACUAGAUAAAAGAUGGAUGAGUCAGCCUUACUGGAUCUACUGGAGUGUCCUGUCUGCUUAGAACGCCUUGAUGCUUCUGCAAAAGUCUUGCCUUGUCAACAUACGUUUUGUAAACGAUGUCUGUUGGGCAUAGUAAGCUCCAGAAAUGAGCUUCGUUGUCCAGAAUGCAGGACGUUAGUAGACUGCAAUGUUGAUGAACUUCCCAACAAUAUUUUGCUAGUUCGACUACUAGAUGGCAUCAAGCAGAGACCUCGGAAACCUGGUGGCCUGGUGAGUUCCACAAAUUCUUUAAGGCCCCAGACUAGCACAGUUGCUAACUGCAUCCCAAAAGACCUACAAAGUUCUCAAAGUAGCCAACAACAAAGAGUACAAGCACGGAGUCCUCCUGUUCGGGGUGUACCUCAGUUACCUUGUGCCAAAGCAUUAUAUAACUAUGAGGGGAAAGAGCCUGGAGAUCUAAAAUUCAGUAAAGGUGACAUCAUCAUAUUACGUCGGCAAGUAGAUGAAAAUUGGUAUCAUGGAGAAGUUAAUGGUGUCCAUGGAUUUUUUCCCACCAAUUUUGUCCAGAUUAUUAAACCUUUACCUCAACCUCCACCUCAGUGCAAAGCACUUUAUGACUUUGAAGUUAAAGACAAGGAAGCAGACAAAGAUUGUUUACCCUUCUCAAAGGAUGAUAUUUUGACUGUGAUUCGCCGAGUGGAUGAAAACUGGGCUGAAGGAAUGUUGGCUGACAAAAUAGGAAUUUUCCCUAUUUCAUAUGUUGAGUUUAACACAGCAGCAAAGCAACUGAUAGAACUGGACAAGCCCUCAGGUUCUGCAGCAGACUCUGGAGAAGGCACUUCUGGUGCUUCCCAUAGCAAUUCCAUUCAAAAGCACAGUGAUACUAAGAAGAACACCAAAAAACGCCACUCCUUUACCUCUCUUACCAUGUCCAACAAGGCCUCACAGUCUUCUCAGAAUCGUCACUCAAUGGAAAUCAGCCCUCCUGUCCUCAUCAGCUCCAGCAACCCCACAGCAGCAGCCCGCAUAAGUGAACUUACAGGCCUUUCGUGCAGUGCACCUUCUCAGGUUCAUAUCAGUACCACAGGGUUGAUCGUGACCCCACCACCAAGCAGUCCAGUAACGACAGGGCCUUCAUUUACCUUUCCCCCUGAAGCCACCUACCAAGCUACUCUUGGUAAUAUGAAUCCCCCUCUCCUACCACCACCACCUCUCGUGUCUUCUACAAUGAUUGCCACAACAUCUACAGGACUCUCUUCUGGAGUGGCUCAAAAAUCUAUGUCAGGAUCAACUGAGCAAGUGGCACAUUUACGACCACAAGCAAGACCAAGUGUGUAUAUUGCAAUUUAUCCAUAUACCCCUAGAAAAGAAGAUGAACUGGAACUGAGAAAAGGCGAGAUGUUCUUGGUGUUUGAACGUUGUCAGGAUGGUUGGUUCAAAGGAACUUCCAUGCAUACAAGUAAAAUUGGUGUAUUUCCUGGCAAUUAUGUGGCACCAGUUACAAGGGCAGUGACAAGUGCCUCCCAAGCAAAGGCCCCUGUAUCUACUGCUGGCCAGUCAGGGCGGGUGGUGACUGUGGUUAAUGCUUCAACUACUGGAGGAACUUUGCAGAAACUGCAGGGAAACGGUGUGACAGUGAACGCUAGUGCAGUACCUACAGCUGUGGUUUCUGCAGCACACAUACAAACAAGUCCACAGACGAAGGUUCUUAUGCACAUGACUGGGCAAAUGACAGUCAACCAGGCUCGCAAUGCAGUUAGAACAGUUACAGGACACAACCAAGAAAGACCUACAGCCACCGUGACACCAAUUCAGGCUCAAAGUUCAGCAUGUCUUAUUCCUGCUGCUGUAAUUAUCCCACACCAUUCUGUUGCCUCCCAACAGCUCCAGCCUCAGCUUUCAAAUGCUGCUGCUUAUAUUACAGCUGUGAAUAUCAAUCGAACAAAUGUCCCAUCGUUAAACUCUCCUGGCAAUUCUGCUUCUUUAGAUGGAGAUAUAAAUGGGAGAAUUGUGACUGUUCACACUGGAGCUCCAGCUUCACCGGAGAAUACCAUAGUGACUGGAGGGAUUGCUACACUCAAUAAACCUGACAGAGACAGCAAGAGGGAAAAAAAGGGUUUGCUGAAGUUACUUUCAGGGGCAUCUACCAAACGCAAACCUCGAACAUCACCACCAUCAUCCCCAACUCUGGAAGUUGAGCAGACAGCUGCAGAACUGGCCCUACAAGGUGCUGUAGGGCCAGAGGUUCCAUCAACUUCCAGUCAUGGAAGAGCUGAGUCCUGCUCCAUGGACAGUGAAACGCUGCUACCACUACAGGAGAAUACUCACCGCAAAGCAAGCUCUUUGGAUUCCAGCAUUCCUAUAGCCCCCCCUCCACGGCAGCCCUGCUCUUCAUUGACCCCAAUCGUAAAUGAAUCUAGGCCUGUAGUCUGUGAACGAUACAGAGUUGUGGUGUCGUAUCCACCUCAGAGUGAAGCUGAGCUUGAACUUAAAGAAGGAGACGUUGUUUUCGUACAUAAAAAGCGUGAAGAUGGCUGGUUCAAAGGCACAUUGCAAAGAAAUGGAAAAACUGGUCUUUUCCCUGGCAGCUUUGUAGAGAAUAUCUGAGAGGACCCUUUUCAAAUGUUUCAGAUCACACAGCACUAAAAAAAAGAGCACAAAUAUUUACAAGAGAGCAGCCAUGAAAGACUUUUUAAAUAACUGUAAUAUAAAUAAAUUUAUAUUUAUGUUUUCCAUUAUCCCACAGCACAAUUCUUCUCUGCCAGCAAAGAAGGAUGAUGAAAUGUUUUUUGGAUUUUUUUAUGAUUUUGAAUUUUAAAGUGUAAUGUGUGCCUUGUAAUGUCUGAUUUCUUUUACAGAGGAACUUUUUCCCCAAAGUAUAUCAUACAAAAGAGCAAUUGUUUACAAGGCUGUAACUAAUUUAUUCUUUGUCUCCUAAACUUGAAUUCUGUUUAAUAGGUAAAGUUUGGUGAUUGAUUAACAAGUUGUUAAUUUAUAAAAUAAGAUAAGGAGAAGCUGGAUUCUCUCCUUAUACAAAGGUUUAGUAUUUGACAGAUGGCUUUUCCCCACUGUAUGUGACAGUGAAGUGAGUUUGUUUUUUAGGUUAAUGUUGGCUGUAAUGAUGGUGAUGUGAUGUCAAAUUGAACCAUGCGAACUGAGAUAAAAUGGCAGUGUGGAUUUUUUUCUUGUUUGGGGUGACAACCUGUCUGUCAAUAGGAAGUUGUACAUUUCUGAAAGGCAAAGAUAUACCUGUGCAACAGAAUUAAAUCUUAACAUUCUUAACAUCAGAAUGAAAAAAAGAAUACUAGAAAACUGGGGAAAUUGACUUCUUGGUUCUGUUUGUUCUAGUGUUUUGGAUAUCUGUCAAGAUUUAUCUUUGCAGAUUUGGCUAGUUCUCUGGGCACAUGGCACCCACAGAAUGUAAAUGAGAUUUUAAAAUGUUAAUCACAAAUCACUCAGAGAAAUGGGAAAUUGUGUUAGUUGAUUAGCUGGAAAUGUUAGUAGGAUUUUAAAUUUAAAUUGAAGUUGCACUUAUGUCUAAAUAUGCCCAGAAAUGUUGUUUGCUUCUUUACCUUUUCAAAGUGAUUUGCAUGGCUGAGAGACAAUUUUACAGUGUUUGAGCAAUACUAGUGAUAAGUUAAACACUUGUGUUUUUAAAGUAAAGGCUGUAAGGACACUGUGAAAAUUUUGCUAAUUUUCUAACUAUUCCUAUUUUCAUAUGUCUUAACUUCUUCUUGUCUUGCAUGAGCGAACAAUUCUCACAGGCAUACAAACCAAUAAUGUUUUAUAGAUUACAUUCCAUUGUUCUGAUAUGGGUUAACCGGAUGUUAAAUCUAUUGCUUAUCUCAUAUCAUAGAACCCACUGACCGAGACUAGUGAGUGAUUGAUUCUUAAUGAUGUAGAGAAUACUCUGAAUCUUCAGCAUCAUUUUAGCCAUGGAUAUUUAGAAGCAUAAGAUAUAGAAGUAUAUUCUGCACCUAAUGAAAGAAUGAUCUUCAUUUCCCUCUUGCUAUCUUUGCACUCAUAAACUUUUUUAUAUAAUUGGGGAAAUGCGUAUUGUCAUAUCACUAUUUCUGUUUUACUGCACAAGGAAGGAAUAAUUUGGAGGUAUUCUUCAGCAAAGCCAGGAGAGGAUGUGCAAAAGUGGCAACACUCAGCAGCUUCUCUCCCGGUGUGCUGAUCUUGGCCUUAGGUAUGUUGCGUAGAAUAAGUCUCCAAAGAUAGGAUGGUAAACUUGAUCUGAGAAUCUUCAUACAUUGGUAAUUUCAGCUAAAAUAUAAAACCCAGGUUGGAUUCCCCCCCCCCCAUCCUUGGCAGCAGGGCAGCAGUGGACUAGAUGUUUCACUCUGCUGGAAUUCUGCUGGCAUCUACAGCAACUACUCUUCCAUCUUCCUCUAAUUAAAAUGAUGGGGAGAACCAAGAGAGAAUAAUAUUAGUUAGGAAGAAGAAGAGAAACUCCUUCAGUGACUUGUACAGUUCUUUGUUCCCUCUCACAAUGUUUCCUUAUUGAAAGGCAUGGGAUGAACGGGAUCAAAUUUACUACCCUCAGGUUUUGAAAUGAUUUUCUGGCUAGGGAAGAGCAUGACUCUCCUGUCCAUUUAUCUUUGUUUUCAAUUUCUCCCAGAAGUAUCAAGUAGUUUAGAGACUGGGGUGAUGUGAGUUAAGGAAAACAGUAAUGUUUCAAGGAUGUAGAUAUCUUCUCACCCCACCCAAACCAAGAUUUUAAGAAAUAUUUAGCACUGGUAUCCUAUGGUAUACAUCCAAGAUUGUCUUUAUAGUUUGACUGUACAAAUCUUGCAAUGCUCAGCUCAGCUUCCUGCUAUGUGAUGCUUAGCCAGUGUUAUUACCUUUUUUUCUAUUAGGGCUUUGGCUUCUUAAAUAUGUGUAACUGGCAGAAAUCCAGUGGGUGUAAGUUACAGUGGUACAGGUAAUGCUGUCAUAGGGGAAGCUUCUGAAGACAAAGAACUGAGUUAUGAAGAAAAGUGAGUGUCACUUCUUCCUUAAAAUCAGAAAUGAUAAGCUUGGAAUGGUGUUCCUGUUUCAGAAUGGAACUUGCUAUGUAAUAUGAUUUAAAAGAUAUACAUGAAAUAAAAAAGAAAAAAAAUCAGCUAGUCUUUCUAAAAGUUGAAUAAUGAUUUCUGAUAUAAAACACAACUUUUUUUUCAAAUGUAGAGGAAAUCAUUUUUAGUUCAAGGAGUUUCUUGAAAUAUCAAGUAGUUUCAUGAUGGUCAAUAUAAAGUAUCUUGCUGAAACUGAAAUCAUUCCUAAAUUAACACACAUAUGAGACACUGUACAACUCAAUUUGUGUGGAAUUUUAAAAGUUUAGUUUACUUGAAUGUUCUUAUGAUGUACAAGCUAUUUUAAAUGAAUUUUUUAGUUAGGAAAAUGCUGGCAUCAGCUUUCAUCAGCAUAUAUUGACACUAAUGUGUCAACCUUAUUUUCACAUAUUAGUGUUUUUAUAUAUUAAAGACUACUACUACAGAGAAUUUUUUUUCUCUUCAUAAGGUAGAAUGCUUGUGUGACACAGGUACCUCUAUUCAUAGGGUUUUAUUAUGUAAAGUCUAUUAAAAUAUAAAUUAAUACAAUAGUGUUAGAUAUAAUACAUUUUCUAAUGGCUUUUUAAAAGAAGGAAUCACUUUUAGUUUUAAGAGCUUGUUACACAAUGGUACCACAAUAACAAAAACUGCAGAUUACUAUGCCUUGUGAUGUUUAUAAAAUUGUGGGAGCCAGGGGGGGUGAUGUGUGUACUCCAGUGUAAUAACAAAACCCUUUACAUUCACUUUGGCUAUUCAAGAAAGUAUGUGAAAAAAUUAAUGUUUAUAUUUGAGGUCCAGUGAAUGUUUUGUGUUUUUCUCUGUUAAAUUUCCAUUCCUAAUAAAUAUUUUCUUAGCAAACGGCUUGAACUCUAUGGGUGUGAAAGAACUGUACUUACUUGAGGCAAAAAAUAAAAUAUUGUUUCACUAA